UUUCGAAAUCACAUUCAGUUGAGAAUCGUAUCAGAAACCAUCUGGUUGCAAGCAAGUGUACACUUUCUGCAAAGGAAAAGUAGGUCGCGCAGUGGAAAAGUUGGGCACGAAAAGCCAAGUUCGAUAUUGACUAAAGAUACUUCAAUAAUUUUUAAAGACGAGGGAGAAAAGUGUUAGAAGUGAAAGACGAAUUAAUGACAAAAUGAAGUUGCUGAGCCCUAUCAUUUUGAUUGGUGUCGUAUUAGUGGUUCGCUUCCACCAGGUUGUGGGAUAUAGCAUUCCAGGAUCGGAAACACUUACCGAGAAUACAGAGAAAGGAGUGCCUGAAGUUCUGCAAGCUGAGGAUGUGGACAGCCAGGACGGAGGCGACCGAAUCAAACGGCAAUCGUACGACUAUGAAAGCGACGUUGUCUACUCUCCAUACUAUGGAUAUGGCUAUUAUAUAUUCCCAAGGGCAUUUCCUGAUGAUGAUAUUCGGCGAGAAUACAAGCCCCUUGUAAGAUACCACUCUUCAAAGACCCACAAGCGGAAGAAGUUGUUCGUCCCAAACCUUUUCGGUUGAACACUUCUGUGAAGAUGCACGUUUUGAUUAAGAUUUAAGCCGCGCUGUAGAUGCACGGCAUUCAUUUGGAGAGACUGAUAUUUUUAGAAAAUAACUUUCUUUUUGCCGUUUUAUUGUGUUACAUGUUUGCUAGCUUUAGGUUUUUUAUAGAACAUGCAAAUAAUGUUUUACUAUUUGUUAUGUUGCUUAUGCAUAUAUUGUAUUAUAGAUUUGUAUAUUAUAUUAAAAGCUUUAAUAAAGCACGCAAUUUAUUUACGAAUUCA